ACCCCCAUCAAAUCUAUCAAUCUAUCUUCUAAAUACUUGGAUUAGAUAACCCCAAGCUCCACUAUUCAACUCUUACUCCUCAGAAACCUACUAAGAUCUUCCUUCAUUUAGUCCAAGCAACCUCCAUGGGGCAAAAUUUCCUAAAGGAACACCCUCUGAUCUAAUCUUUCUAAAUUCUUCUGCAGAAAAAUAGGUUUUGAUUGAGACGAUGAGAGCGGGAAGUUGCACAGUGCAGCAAACCUUAACCACAGAGGCUGCCAACGUUGUGAAGCAGGCUGUAAACCUUGCCAGGCAGAGAGGCCAUGCUCAGGUGACACCCUUACAUGUAGCCAACACCAUGCUUUCGAACGCCACAGGCCUUCUACGGACAGCAUGCAUUCAAUCCCACUCCCACCCCUUCCAGUGCAAAGCCUUAGACCUUUGUUUCAAUGUUGCCCUCAACCGCCUUCCUACUUCCACCUCGAGCCCCAUGUAUGGAACUCAUUCCCAAUCCCCUUCCAUUUCCAACGCCUUGGUUGCCGCCUUCAAGCGUGCUCAAGCUCACCAACGACGUGGCUCCAUCGAGAACCAGCAGCAACCUCUCCUAGCAGUCAAGAUAGAUCUAGAGCAGCUUAUGGUAUCUAUUUUGGAUGAUCCUAGUGUAAGUAGAGUCAUGAGGGAAGCCGGUUUUUCUAGUACACUAGUCAAAAGCAAAGUGGAACAAGUCAUUUCCUUAGAAAUAUGCUCCCAAAGCACUCCUAACUCUGCAAGUAGUAAGUCCAACAAAGAGAGUAGUAAUACUGUCGUACCCUCUCAAUCAAGUAGUAAAGUGGCAGAUAAAGUGGUGAAACCGCAAGUUUUGGGUCCAAUUAGGAAUGAAGAUGUCAUGUAUGUUAUAGAGAAUUUGAUGAACAAAAAAAGGAGAAGCAUGGUAGUAGUAGGAGAGUGUAUUUCUAGCAUUGAGGGUAUAGUUGGAGCAGUGAUGGACAAAGUUGACAAGAGAGAUGUCCCUGAGUCUCUUAGGGAAGUAAAGUUCAAAACCCUUCCUUUCUCUUCUUUUGGGCAUUUGAAUAGACUAGAGGUGGAGCAGAAACUCGAGGAACUCAAGAGUCUUGUGAGGAGCUGUACAAGCACGGGUGUGGUUUUGAAUUUAGGAGAUCUUAAGUGGGCAAUUGAGUAUAGGGCUAGUCCAAGUGAGCAACUGAGGGGGUACUAUUGCCCAGUUGAGCACAUGAUCAUGGAGCUUGGGAAAUUGGUUUGUAGCGUGGGGGAAGAUGCAAGGUUUUGGAUCAUGGGGAUUGCUACUUUCCAAACUUUCAUGAGAUGCAAAACUGGUCAUCCGUCAAUAGAGUCUGUUUUGGGUCUUCAUCCUCUCACAAUCCCGGCCGACAACCUACGCUUGAGUCUCAUCACUGACAGUGAUAUACAAAGUCAGUCAAUAAGCAAAAGAGGUGAAAAUGGGUCUACUUGGCUUUCUCUUGAAGGUGGAGGGGAAAAGACACAGUUUAGUUGCUAUGCUGAUUGUGCUUCCAAGUUUGAAAUGGAAGUUCGAGGCUUACAAAGCAGCAACUGUAAUACUGAGUCCACCACUUCAAGUCUUCCUGCAUGGCUUCAACAAUGCAUGGAUGGAAACAAAGGACUUGGUUGCAGUGAUAAGGACUCUGCCCCAGUCCAAGACCUUUGCAAAAAGGGGAACUCACUUCGCAAUUCAGCUCACAAACAACCGCUCUCAUCUGAAAGAACCCCCAUGUUCUCUUCACUAUCUUCCUCCACUUCUAAUUGCUUUUCCCAUGAUUACCAAUUCCCCAUUCUACACCGCGGAUGGCCACCGGACCACAAUAUUCAGGUUUUUGAAGCUGACAAAAGUAGUCAUGAGCCUUGUUUGAGAUUGUUUAUUCCAGACCAUAAUAAUGAUCCAAAACAACAAUUAUCAUCAAUCCCUAACUCGUCUUCUUCUAGUGAAGUCAUGGAGAUGGAGUGCGUUCGGAAUUUCAACGAGCUUAGCACAGAAAACCUAACAACCUUAUGCAGUGCCUUGGAGAAGAAGGUACCGUGGCAGAAAGAUAUAAUUCCGAAGAUUGCAAGCACGAUCUUGAAAUGCAGGUCCCAGAAGGUAAAAAGGAAAGUUAGAGUGGGAGAAGGAGAAACCAAAGAAGAAACAUGGUUGUUCUUUCAAGGAGUGGAUGUUCAAGCCAAAGAGAAAAUAGCUAAAGAGUUGGCCAGGCUUGUUUUCGGUUCCUCAGAGAACUUCGUCACCAUUUCUUUAAGCAAUUUUUCGUCUACUAGAGCAGAUUCGACUGAAAAUAGUAGGAACAAAAGAUUAAGAGAUGAACAGCAAUGCAGUUACAUUGAGAAGUUUGCUGAAGCUGUGUCACUAAACCCUCAUCGAGUGUUUUUUGUGGAGGAUAUUGAGCAAGCGGAUUACUGCUCCCAAAUGGGGUUCAAAAGGGCAAUGGAACGAGGAAGAGUAAUUAAUGGAAACGGUGAGGAAGUUAGCCUUGGAGAUGCUAUUGUUAUUUUGAGCUGCAUAAGCUUCAGCUUGAAAUCGAGGGCCUGCUUUCCUCCCUCCAAGCAAAAAUUAGAAGGGAGUAAUGAAGAGAUGAGUCUUUGUGUCACAGUUGAUUUGAAUAUUUCCAUUGAUGAUGAUGGUCUCGAGGAUCAAUCGAUUGGUGACAUUGGGCUACUUGAUUCUGUUGAUAGAAAAAUUGUUUUCAAAAUUCAAGAGUCAUAUAGUUGAUCAGAAAGUUAAUUAAUCCUUCAAAAGUUGUUCAUGUCAUCAACUUUUUUUUUUUGAAAUUAUCUUUUGUUGGAUUUGUGCUUAAUUAGAUUCUAAAGACACUUCCUAGAGUUGGAUAAAAUUAAGAAGAGGUUGCCUGUUAUGUCAAGCUACAUAUGUACAUGUCUGUUCUUUUCUUUCAUGUAAUAGGUUUAUUUGUUAAUUUCCAUCAUUCUUCUCCUUCUACUACUCCAUUAAAUUCCGAUUAAUUUU